AUGUACCUCGAACCCCUCCAACGCGACGGCUUCGUCGUAAUCCGCAACCUCCUCACCCCCGAAGAAGUCACCCACUACCGCACCACCGCCACAGAAGCAACAACCCUCACCCGAGCCGGCACCUGGCCACACUUCCGCACCGUCCCCAAACAAUUCCCCCCAUGGCCAACCACCCCCCCACCAGCCAGCGAAGGCGGAAUCUGGGGUGUCCAGCACCUCCUCCACCCCGAAAUGCCAGGCCGAUCAUCCUUCGCCCGCUGCUACUUCUCCCCCGCCAUCCUAGCAGUCGCAGAAGAGUUACUGGGUACAAAGCCAGACAGUGACGAACUGGUAAUGGAAUUAUUCAAUCUCCUCGUCGCACCGGAAAAAGACUUCGAGCUCCGCUGGCACCGGGAUGAUAUUUCCGAGCAUGCAUCUGCGGCUGAAGAAGUGGAGCUGCUUGCUGCGAAAGCACCGGGUGGGAAACAGAGCCAUUGUCAGUAUAAUUUGGCUUUGUGUCCUGAUGCCUCGUUGGUGGUGGUGCCUGGAUCGCAUGGGCGGGCGCGGACGCAGACGGAGAGGGAGGCGGAUCCUUUUGCGGAGAGUUUGCCUGGUCAGUUGGUUGUUGAGCUUGGGGCUGGGGAUGCGGUGUUUUAUAAUAGUAAUAUUUUGCAUCGGGGGGUUUAUAGGAAGAAGGAGGGGGUGGAGGAGACUAGGUUGACGCUACAUGGGAGUAUUGGGUUGAAGGAGAAGAAGGUGAGGGCUACGGCUGUUUUGCAGCAUGGGGUUGGGGCUUGGGUGCACAGGGAGGAUGCGGCUUUUGGACUGGGGGAGAGGCCGGAGAGGAUGAGGGCGAAUUUGAUUGAGAUGGGGACUGGGGAGGGAGUUGGUUUUUCUUUGCAGGGGUAG